AUGAUCUCUAUUAUCAAGGCUGAGUCUUGGCAAGGCGACUUUGGCGAUCGAGGUGAUCUACUACACCACGAUAUUAUGUAUCAAGGCGUCCAUCUUGUUCACCUACCUCCGGUUUGGUUCCGCUUCCUGUGCAUCGUGACCGUCAUCGUGCACUCGGUAUUCUACCUGCUGUGCUUGUUUGUCACCUUGGGCCAGUGCCGGCCGCUGCACAAGCUCUGGGACUUGACUAGAAUGGAGCCGGGCACAUGUAUCAAUACGACGGCGUUCUUUUACUUCACAUCAGCAUUCAACAUCAUCACCGACAUCUGGAUCCUGGUGCUCCCCAUCAAGGCGCUGCGGAGCAUCGAGCGGCCGACCCGCGAGAAGGUGGCCCUCUUCUUCAUCUUUGGCGCGGGCACCUUCGCGGCCAUCGCGUCCAUCAUCCGGCUGCACACCAUCUACACGUACACCGAGGCCGAGGACCCGUUCAAGAACAGCCUGCGCGUCAACGUGUGGUCCAUGAUCGAGAUCAACGUGGCCAUCUGCUGCGCCAGCGUGUCGGCGCUCAAGCCCGUCUUCAGCCGCGGGCAGCGGCAGCGCUCCCGCGCGGCGCGGUCCUCGGCCUCGGCGACCACGGCGUCCGAGGACCACCAGCACCAGCACCAGCAGCCGCGCAGGAGCACGGCCUCGCGCAGGUCGCUCUGGCACCUGCGCUCCGGCAGCAAGGCCACGAGCAGCUCGUCCAACACGAACUCGUCGUCGUCGCACGACGAGGAGAAGGCGCUGGGGCCGAUCGACGAGCCCGCGGAGCCCAGGCCGGUGCGCCCGCCGCCGGUGCCGCUGGUUCUCGACGGCGGAGACGGGGUGCCGUCGCGGAUCCCGACCGUCCUGAGGAGUCGGUACGAGAACAACCUCGUCUCGGACACGACUGAUAGCAGCAUGUUUGUCUUUACGCCGCUGAGCCCUCGGCCCAAGGAUGGAGAGGGAGUGGGAGUUGAGAAUGGGCCAAGCAGCUCGGGAGAUAUGCUUCCAAUUCAAAAAUGA